AUGCCGGAGAUGGAACGGCCGAGCGCGAGCUACAUUGUCGAUAUGCAACCUCCAGCAGCCCGAGUUGCCAGCGCAGCCGAGUCGAUACCAGCCAAAGCCGUACAUUCUUCCCUCAACAAAGUCAAACAUCCCAUAAACGUCGUCAAAUGGACACCAGAAGGCAGACGACUGCUCACAGGCUCAACGAGCGGUGAGUUCACUCUGUGGAAUGGAAUGGGCUUCAACUUCGAAACUAUUAUGCAGGCCCACGAGGCUGCAAUCCGAGCUGUUGAAUACACGUCCACCGAUGACUGGCUGCUGUCGGCAGACCAGACAGGCGUCGUCAAGUAUUGGCAGACAAACUUCAACAACGUCAAAGAGAUACAAGCGCACACUGAAGCGGUACGAGGGCUCUCCAUCGCACCCACAGACACCAAAUUCGUCACAUGCGCCGACGAUACCACACUGAAGAUCUGGGACUUCGCGUCGAGUACAGAAGAGUCGACAUUAACAGGACAUGGAUGGGAAGUCAAGUCGGUCGACUGGCAUCCACACAAGGGACUGCUAGUAUCAGGGUCAAAGGAUCACCAAGUCAAGUUCUGGGAUCCGCGGACAGGGCGCUGUCUUACGACGCUUCAUGGACAUAAAAACCCAAUAUCAAAAACCAUGUUCGAGCCCGUCCAAGGAAACAUGCUAGCAACAUGCGCUCGUGAUCACACAGCCCGCAUCUUUGAUCUUCGAAUGAUGCGCGAUGUCUUACUGCUCAAGGGACACGAAAAAGACAUCAUUACCAUGGCAUGGCACCCUAUGCACAAGAAUCUCCUCUCUACCGGUGGUGUCGAUGGCAGCAUCCACCACUAUCUUCUCGACGAGCAGAACCCUCCCCCUGGCAUUGCACCCUCAAUAUCGCCUUACGACGCUGCCGACUCACAAAACGCGCCCUCGCAAACCAUUUACCCGGCACACAGCCUGCAAUACGCUCACGACUUCACUGUCUGGACAAUGGACUGGCACCCACUGGGUCACAUCCUUGCGUCUGGCUCCAACGACAGAGUCACACGCUUCUGGACUCGUCCACGACCAGGCGAUACCAACUAUGUCAACGACCGUUACCACAUUGGUCAAGCAGCAGCAGAGGCUCAAGGCACAUUCGACCGUGGUCAGGGUAGGCGACAAAAGAUGGAAGAAGAAGAACAGGAAGCAGAGGACGAAGCCGAAGGCCUAGUCGACCAGAAGAUGCCGUCGAAGAACCCCGGUGGUGGUUUCCUGCCUCCUGGCCUUUCGUUACCAGGACUCAGCGCAGACGGCACAUCCAGUUCUCUACCUGGUAUUGGUGGAGCGAAUCAUCUUCCAGUGCCCCCUCCACCAGGUGGCAUGCCCUUCCCACCACCGAACGGAGGUGGUCCGCCUCUGCCUCCUCUUAAUGGCAUGGACCCCUCUCGCCUCGCACAGCUCAUCGCGUCGGGCUCCCUACCACCACCUCCUAUACCUCAUGGUCACGGUCCUCCACCACCAAACGCUAAUGGUCCUCCACCACCCUUUCCACCACCAAACUUCCCCGGCUUCCCACAAGGCAUGCCGCCCGGUAUGCCACUAUUCCCCCCAGGCAUGCCACCUCCAGGAUUUCCCGGCUUCCCUCCCCUGCCCGGUGGUAUGGGUGCGCCGCCACCAGGAUGGCCUGGCCCUCCUCCUCCGCCGCCACAGCAGCAACAAGGAGGAACAGUGGGUGCAGAUGGUAUUAAGAGAAGGGCGCCGUUGCCAGAUCAGCAAGAUGCCCUGAAAGCGGAGAUGAACCAAGGUCGAUACAGGAAAGCGAGGUAG